GCGCAUAAUCGAAGUUGCAAAUGAUAUGGCCUUUUGAGGGAAUUGUGAAUGCAACAUCUUGUGGCUUUUCUUUCUUACAGCAACAACAACAACAACAACACUAUACAAAUUACCAGUUUCCAAUUCAAUCAUUGUCACAAUGGUUUUGUUUCUUCUUCCUGGUCUUAGACCACAUUGGAAUAUUGGCCAAGCAAAUAUUGGUAAGUCCCCCUAUCGUGUCCCUAGCGAGAUGGGGGAGAUGAUGGAGAUGGUGAUAGUGUUCCUUUGGGAGGCAAUAAUCUAGUGAUUCUCUUCGAAGGUAUCAAUCGGUUCAAUGGUUUAUUGUCCUUCUUCAUCCAAUGUUCUAGAGUCUCCAGUCUAUGGUGAAAAACAAGAACUAUUCACUCCAAAGAAACCAGUUGGAAAUUCUGGAAGAAAAUUCCCUCUCCCACCUCAUAUCCUCCACCGCCUUAACCUCCACAACUCCUGCACUUCUUUCCCAUCCAAACCAUCUUCCACGCCGUCUCUUCUUCCAUCAUUGAUAGAAGAUUCUUCUACUUCUACCCCUAAAUCUUUACACCCAGCGGGCUCUGGUGCCUGGCCUGGUAAACGACCAGCAGAAGGAACGGCAGACGAAAGACCAGGAAAGAAAGCGAAGUACGGCCUUGCCAGCCAUAUCGAUCUUGAAGAUAGAGAAACAGACGCAGACGACGAGGAUUCAGACUUUGAUCCUGCUGAUACACCAAGCGAUAGAGACGAGGUGAUCACAACAGCAGACCCUCCAACAACUGUUCCAACACCGAUUGCAGAACCAGCUGUAGAUAUUCGGCUCGCUUCACCUUCCGAUCCCGAAUCCGAUUUCUCUGAUGCACCAAGUUCGAAGAGAAGGGCACUUACGCCACCAGCAUCAAUUCCAGAACUUAUUGCCAAGUCCGACGUAAAACCAAUUGCAGCAACAGGACGUUGGGAUUUCACCCUUACGGCAAAACAAGCAGGUUACAUUUAUAACCCGAGAAAAUCCAUGACCGAUCUGAGUGAUCGUUUCGCUACGCCUUCAGACCCCGAUAAUACCCACGAUACCGACGAUAGCGAAUCUGAUUUUAAUUCCACUCCAAAUCAUACUCCAUCACCAUCGCGCAUACGUAUUUCUUCACCUUUACCUUUACCUUUAUCCCAGUGGAAAUAUUAUCACAACCGCGUUGAUCGAAAUAAUCCAACCACUCCGCCUUCCAUCGGAACAAAAAGAAAAAUGGAACACACAUAUGCUGAAUGGCAUCAGGGAGAGAUGGAUGCAUCCAGAGCUCCAUCGUAUUCUCCGAUCACUUUACCAGCUGAUACACCUCAAUCUGUUGAUUUAGACGAGGCUGAAGCUGGAACUGCACAAUAUAAUUCAGAGUCGCAACAACAAAAUACGGAAUCUUCACGCGUGCCUUCAUAUUCACGUCACAUCAAUUCCUCUUCCUCACCUCAAAUCCAACAAUCCCCAAAAUCCGCCUCCGCAACCACCGUCUUCCCCACUGAUAUUCCAUCUCCAUCCGUUCCAUGCCGUUUAGAACCUCACUCGCCGGUUCUCGAUCACCUCACUGCUCAAUACAUUGCGCAAGGUCCACAUCCACAGGUUCCUCACGUUAAUCACGCAGCUGUCGAUCAAAGAAAUGCUUCUCAUAUAUUGAGAAAACAUCAAGAUGAUCGUGCGCCGUUUGUGCGCGCUGCGAGUAGAAGACUGCAGGCGGUUGUGGGAGUGAGGAAUGAUUUGCCGUUUGACUUACUCAUGGGGACAGGAGUCCAUGAUGCGAGUAAUUUGGUUGUGAGGAGGGAUGGGGCGUUGGUGGAUUUGGGACUUAAGAAUUUGGGGAGGAGAGAAGAGGAUGUGAGUGGAGGUGGAGAUGAAGGCGGAUUUGAAAUUGGGGAGGAUCUUACUGCUGCGAGAAAUAAUGGUGGUACGAGUGGAGAGUCUUUUGGGAAUAAUCGCGAAAGUAUGGCCAUGGGUAUGGAUGCGAAUACAAACGCCAAUGAAGCGCAUAAUGCAAACACCACGGCACAAUAUCCCCAAGAUCUCCACACAUCCUUCGAUACUUUUCGCUCUCCCUCCAACACCUCAUCUUAUUUCUCUUCCUCUUCUUCGUCUCACCACCAACAAACACCACAAAAAGCCGCACCCAACCCACCCUUCUCAGACCCCCCAGCAACACCGCCAUUUUUCCCUCCCUCAGUUAAUCCACACACCGGCGAAGGACUCCGCGAAUAUCUUCUCCAACGCGCUUCCAUGACGGGUUCCUCAAAGAAAGAAUGUAGAAGUAUAUCGUUUCAUGAUUUUACGCCAGAUUUACGGACGGGAGAGUUUAGGAAUGAGCUCUUGGUGCAUUUUGGGGUGGAUGGGCUUGUGAGUAGUGAGAAGAUUGAGGUUGUGGAGUUGGGUUUACCCGAUAUAAACGGCAAUCUUCACCCCUGGCUCUCGAUCUUUAUCCAACGCCCUCUCCUAACCACCACCUCACCCUCCUCUACCCUUCCUUCCACCUCCACCUCCACCUCCACCUCCACACCUCCCAACUUCCCCAAGCCAACCCCCACAGUCUGGCUCUGCAUCGCUGUCCCCCUCGCAAACAUAACAACCUACCCCAUCCAACCCGACACCUCUAUUCCGCCCUCCCUCCUCGAACCGACCUUCCUCUCGCACUCCCAACACAAUCUCCCCACCAAAAAAAUUGCCAAGCGUCAAGACCACGACUUCUCCUUCCAAGGAAUCCCCAUCUUUGAAUUUUCCACCCGAACACUAUUUCCACCCGAAAUACCGCUUCCCAACACCGCGCCCACAGCCGAUUUUCUCUCCAUCGAAGUCCCGCAUCCCUACGAUCCAAAUGAUGCCUAUCUUGCCUUUCCAGCGCAGGUAUCCCAAAAUCCGGAAUUGCUACAACGGGAAACGAGGAAAUUUGCGCGUGCGGUGGGAGUGAAGGGAGAGGAUUUACGCACGUAUGGUGAUUUGAUGGUGGAUGAGAGUGGCGUGGAUGUGAGCGAGGAGUUGUCUCCCAACGAGGGAAUUUGGUGGUGUGAAUUCUAUAGAGGGAUUACACGGGAUAGGAUCCGUUGGGAGAGAGUUAAGAGGUGCAUGGGUCGGAGAAGAUGUAGAGUUGUUCUUAGAUGGCAGGAUGUACCGGAUGAGAUGAAGAGAUUGGGGUCUCGUUCGACUUCUAGUUCUGGGAUCGGUUUGGGAUCGAAUAGAAAAAGUAGUGAGGCAGAGAGAGUCAUGCAGGAAAUGAGCAGGGAAAACAUGGGGGGUAUGGGAAAGAAGCGAAGAGCAAGAAAGAGUAUGCAAUCGAGCCAUGCGAAUACGAGUUCGAGUGUGGGAUUGGGGGUGAUGAAUGCUCAUAUGGGGAGUCAUUCACAUUCAAAUGCAAAUUCACACGCGCAUAUGCGAUUGGGAUCGGGCGAAGCAUUGAGAGGUAGUUUGCGCGCGAGAGCGAUUGGAAAUCGAAUGAGUUUUAAUGAGGAGAUAUAGGGAAAUGGAGGAUUGGGGGCAUGGAGCUUGGGAGAGAUGAUGCAGGGAUGAGUUGCGGAUUUCGAGUGUGAAAGUUUGUUUUUGAAGGGAUAUGAGAGGGGAGGUGAGAAGGAUGCGAGUUGCUUUCAAUUUCUCUCCGAGCAUAGAUUUUACUUUUACUGCUCGACAUCUCCCGUUUACAAGCACAUUUGUGUCACAAGCGCGUGCGGAAAUUCUGACUUGAAGAUUAUGUUCUUUUCGCAGUGAAAUUUAUCAAAAAUAUAAGGGCGACAGGACAGGACAGGAAAGGCUUUUGGUCUCAUCUCGACGACGAAGAUAUGCAGGACGAAAAGAGUUCUCUCCAACCAUAAAACCGGGAAAUAAACAACGCCAUUUUCCAUCCAAGAAGUAGAGAAACAAUACAGCCCCCCCCCCCCAAAAAAAACACCAAGAAAUGAAGUUACAAGAGUUCACGAGAAGAAAAAGUAGAAGAAAAAGUAGAAGAAAAAGUAGAAGAGAAAGGCACAUCAUGCGCAUGAACCCAAUCUCUACGAAUAUCCUGACACUACACACACAAAGACGAAAGUUACAUAUAUACAGGUAUUAGUUAGCUUUCGCGCACACACACAGGAACGAAUUGAGAAAUAGAUGGCAGCAUGCCAAAAGGGAGAACCAGAUAGAUAGCUUAAGAAACACAAUCAGAUCGCA